AGGAGCCCCAUUUUGUUCAAGUUCCCACAUUUGAAGCAAUGCCCGUGGUUUAUUAAUGGAAAAUUAGGCUCGUACUUCUGGGCCGGCGGGAGUAUACACGUACUUGAAGCGUGAGCUGGCGCUAGCAUUAUUUUGUGCAUUUCGGUGUAGACCUAGGCCUGUCUACUGCAUGUACAUGUACAUUAUCAGGAUGAACGAUGACCUUCCUAUUAUGGCAUUAUUCCAAGCUAAUAUCGUCGGGUAGGUACUAAGAGGAGGUGGUGACUAGUGAAUCACUUGUCUGAGAACUGCUGUUCACUCCAUCCUUGUCACAACACCUGCCAUUCUCCCAGCCUUAUGCCGUGCCAGCUCUCCUCACCUCAUCACAUCUAGCAGCAGUCGUUGUUGUAGUUUUUGUUUAUUAUUGUCAAGAUGUCUGCACCACCUGCCUCUAGUAGCAGAGAUGGCGCUGGGGCAAAGUCACCUUACAGCUUCACCUUGCAGACAGAGGAGGUAGAUGCACUAGGAACAUCAUUUCAGGUGGUGUAUGCUGAUGAAGGGUCACCAACUGAUCCAGUCAUUGUCUGUGUGCACGGGGCACCGGCCACUCACAAAGCGUACAGACACGUUGUAGAGGGUUUGACAUCAAAGGGUUACAGGGUCAUCAUUCCAAACAUGCCAGGGAUGGGCCUGACAGCUCUUGACCCAGAUGGAAUUUACAACCACACCUCCGAACACAAGGCUGAGGUCAUUAAAGGACUUCUGGAGAAGAUUGGCAUCAAAAGUGUUGCCACAGUAGUGGGCCACUCCAUGGGAGGUCAUGUGACUUGCCAGCUGGCUGCGGAUCCGGCAUUAGAGGGCAGCAUAAAGUCAAUUUGCUUGCUAUCUUCUGCAGGAUCUCGACCACACAGGUUGUUUAGUCCUUACUGGCUUUAUUUCAUCUUUGGCCAGUUGAUCUACUUCUCCAUAAAACUGCCUAUCAUUGGCACCGCAGUGAAGCGUCUGGUGUCCAACCUCAUCGCUGCAGCUGGACUCAGGGGACUAACAAGAGAUGCAGAGGUGUUCUCGUGGUACGAGGGCUCCCAGCUUCACUUCAAGAAAUUUGCUACUAAUGUGGAAAGACUGGUGCAGUUGGACCUACCAGCGCUGUGCGUGUACAGCAGCAAUGAUAAGUUUGUAGAAAUGCCUGUCCUGGAAGAUACUAUUCUACGACUAGGGAUGCGCCCGGAGGACACUAUCAAGUACAACGAGGAGGGCGUUACCAUGGAGAAGUUCAAAGAGGGCAGCCUCAAGCGAGCUGUUGAGUUUGAGAAAGGAACACACAUGGUUCAUUAUGUCUACCCGGAGCAAGUCAUCAAAGAAAUGUUGGCAUUCCUACACGAAGUGGUACGACCCCAGUGAUCUCUGUAGCACAAGCACUAAGCUGAGUCCUUCCACUUGCUGCGCAAGGGGUGUGUCCUGCUCAGGGAAAACAGUGUUUUACACUGAAAAUCAAAGAAGUCAUAAAAUUUUCCUGUGGCCAGGAAAGUCCAAGAUAGAAGCUUUCAUUUCCACCUCAUUAGCAUGCCUAUUUCUGAUAAAUGAGUAAAAUGCAAAGAGUAAAAACGAUGGAGGGUGACAAUGGGAAACACUUGGGUGUGCUAUGAACACAUUGCAUAAAUGUACACACAUUUCGGGUGUUGGCCAUUAAUAAGCAAGUACAUAAAUAGGUGUCAUACAUGCAGUACACACUGUGCCAUGACGUUGCCUCCCAAUAUUCACAUCCUCCAACCCACAGCAAACUCAACCCUGUUCAAUUCACACUACAGUUUUGAACCUGUUCCAAUUCUGGGUGUAACGGUUCUCAAGUGUGGUCAUCAGGGGCAGGAUUGACUCUCAACUCAGGGCAAAAAUCAGUCUCAGGUUGACAAGAGGUUGGUGAUUGGUGGAAAAAUUUCAAGUGUGAGAAGCCCCAUGUUUUCAACCCUGCAACAACCCUGCAUUGGCCCCCCCAAGAUUUGUCCUGUGUGAAAAGACCUCUGAAGUUUCUAAGAUGGUGGCCACCAAAAUAUGAAUUCUGAAUUCACCUUGUAAAUGAAAAAUCGAUUGUGUAGGCCUAUGGAUAUUGUAGCUGAAAGUUUAGGACUGAAAAUACAAAAAAGAUCUCUUUACAAGGUUUUCAUACCAUCACAGUAUUAAACAGUUAAAUGCUUAUGUGUAAAUGCUUCAAGCUUUACUGGUCACCUUUCACUGGGGGUUAUACCUAGCUAAUCUUACUAGGAUGGAACUGGACAAAAUAUGACUUUUAAUCGGUGUGUGUACAUAUUUGUGCAGUUUAAAAUCUUAGCCAUUGUAUUUUUAAAACUGGAGUUCUGCACGUUAUACAUGUAAAUAUCAGUGUGUGCAAUUAUUUUAUUAGAAACAUUUUAACUGUCAGCAUUGAUGCAAAUGAUCACAAGACUUAAUUAUUACUAAAUAUUUUUUUUGUUUUAGAGCCCGGUUUGAUCACUGAAAAUUUUACGCUGUCAAGUAACUCCUUGCUGCAGAGUGAAUUUGUCCUAUUGAGGUGUCUAAAAAUUGUAACCCUGUGUAAUGAACUGAGCAAGUUUAAUACACGCAAUAUUUGAGUUGGACGAACACCGAUUUAAUUCUCUUCAUGUGAGGCUCUGGAAACCAUGUGCAUGGGAAGCUCUGGAAACCGAGUGCAAGACUAACAGAAAAUGCAUACGUAGUAGCAUUUGCGACACACCGAAAGAAAGUACAUGUAAAACAAUAUAUUUACGACCAUAGUGUCCACAGUCCUAGAAGUAGCCGGUUUAAAAGGUGAAGUUCAAGAGGUUAGGGAACAAAGUUGCUUUUCAUAAACUUGGCAUUAGGUCCUUCGGUAGUCGGGAUAAUACACUCCUCCUCCCUAUAGUGAAAUGUCCAAGUGACAUGUUAACUGAAUGUACAUGUAUAUGUUUUUCAACAUGCGUCAAGAAUGAAUUGAAUUGAAUCCAACUUUUUUUCCUUUAAUUAACUAGCCACUACUUUUUUAAACUAACGCUACUUAUAUACACGUGUGCUGACAGUCAAGUGCAGGGGUAGACUACCCAGACUUGGAACAGACUGCACAGAGGAUUAUCCCGCCUCCUAGCAGCUGCUAGGUUGGCUAUUUAUUUGUAGCCAUAACAAUCAGGCGGUUUCUGAUACGCAUAGGGUAUUUUCUCUCGGGUGUGGAUCUGAUGGUGACGGAGGCUCGGUUGAGACUUGUGGUGCUGGAGGAUUAUUGAGAGUUGCAGGCUUGUCGGGCGUUUGAGGAUUGACUCCAGUCUCAGGUUGUCGUUUGGGGAUUGGAACGGUAGUACCCGUUCCUAAGUCAAUGUCACUGUCCGAAUUUGGAUAGGCGCGAGCCGGUUUGACCAGACGUUCUUGAUUGCUGAUGUGGUCCACGUGACGACAGAUUUCACAUUUGUUAUGGUCGAGUCGGAUUUGGUAGGACACCGGACCCGAGGUACCUGUGAUGGUGCCAGGUAAACAUUGGUAACCGGUCUUCGUAAAGUUACGAACGAGCACGGUGUCACCGUCUGGAAAACGCUUGUCCUCGCGCUCUUGUCAUGAUGCCUUUUGUGGGUUUCUUGAUGGUGAAUGACUCGCUUUGUGACAUCGGAUCGAAGAUGGUCGAGAAGAGAACGUAGUCGACGACCCAUUAACAUUUCCGCGGGAAAUACUCCUGUAGCACUGUGCGGAGUGAUCCUGUACCGAAGCAAGAAUCUGGACACCUUGGUUUCUCCUGUUCCUGUCUCCAUUCGCUUCACGGCACGCUUGAAGGUGCGCACAGUACGUUCGGCCAGUCCGUUAGAGGCCAGUCUGUUAGAGGCUGGGUGAUAGGGAGAUGUGCGAAUGUGCAGGAUAUAAUUCUUUGUCAUGAAUUCGCGGAAUUCCGCGCUAGUAAAUGCUGUUCCGUUGUCGGGUGCCACUUUAUCCGGCAAUCCAUGGGUCGCGAAUGCCUGUCUCAGUUUUUCGAUUGUUGCAUGAGUGGUGGCGUGGUUUAUCAGAAAACCUCAAUCCACAUGGAAUGCGAAUCCACCACGGCACGGAACAUCUUACCCGUGAAGGGGCCUGCACAGUCAAUAUGCAAUCUGGACCAGGGGCAGACAGACCAUUUCCAGGGAAUCCAGUUCGCUCUUCGGAGGCAUCGGUUUAUCUUACUGGCAGUUGUGGCAUCCUUUAACCUCCACUUUCUAUAUCUGCAUCCAUCUUAGGCCACCAAGCGAACCCUCUGGUGAGGCCUUUCAUCCGUGAUAUGCCGGGGUGACCUUCGUGAAGGCUAUUUCGCCCUUGUGGAGGGACGAUCACUUGAUUGACCCAAAUGAGGCAACUAUCUUGAACAGAAAGUUCUGUACUACGAACUCUGUACGGUUUCAUAUCCUCUUCCACCCUAUCAUGUGAAGGCCAUCCUUCCCUCACCACGCGGAGUAUCUUGGACAGCAGGGGAUCGCGUCUAGUCCAAGUGCGAAUGUGGGAUGUGGAGAGAGGAGAUGCGUCAAUGAUCUCCAUUAGCAGAACAGUCUCAGCGGGAACUCGGACUUUGGCAGGAGCGGUAGGCAAGGGUAAGCGACUCAGUGCGUCAGCAUUUCCGUGGGCUGUUGUUGAUUUAAAGACCAGCGUGUUCUCGUACAUGGCCAAGGUCAGAGCCCAGCGCUGAAUGCAAGCAGAGACUUGAGGUGGUUCCGCUCUUCCUUCAUUGAAAAGGCUCAGGAGAGGCUUAUGGUCGGUCACUAACGUGAAAUGACGAUCAUAGAUGCAACUGUGAAACUUAAUUACACCAAACACGCAGGCGAGGCCCUCCUUUUUAGUUUGCGAAUAUUUCUUUUCUGCCGGAGACAUUGCACGCGAGGUAAAACCGACUGGGUUUCCGAACCAUCCGGCAUUCUGUGGGCAAGGACUGCACCGUUUCAUAUUGCGAUGCAUCACAUGAUACAAUAACAUCUUUCUUUGGGUCGAAGUGCACCAAUAGACUUGAUGAUAGCAGGAGAUCUUUGGAAGCACUGAAGGCUUUCCUUUCCGCGGCACCCCAUCUCCAUCUUGUGUCCUGCGCAAAAGUCGACACAAAGCAACAAGGGUUGUCGAUAGUUGAGGCAAGAACUUACUAGGUAAGCAGCCCUAGGUAUGCUCUCAGUUCAGUCACAUUUGUUGGUGCUGGUGCAUUGCAGAUAGCAUUUACUUUAUCAGAAGUCGGGUGCAGACCUUGUGCGUCGAUUGUAUGGUCCAGGUACAGUACACGAUAGAAGCGGCCAUGAAUUUGCAUUUACUCAGCCUCAGACGAAGGCCAGCUUGUUCCAAGCGAGCCAACACAGUCGACAGCGAUUCUCACGGAAGACCUGUCUGGCUUGAGGCUAGGACUGGGACGAUGGGCGCUGCCCAUUCCAAGAACUCAACCGGUUCGACGAUUCCUGCAGCCUGAAGGCAAUCCAGUUCUUUUUCCACCAAUUUCCGCAUAGCGUAGGAACAACUCGUGCUUUACGGAAGCGCGGCUGUACAUCUUUGUCGACAAAGAGUUUGGCUGUGGUGCCUUUCAAAGUACCAAGCUCAUCCUUGAACAACGUUGAACGGCAGCUUUGAGUAAUUUAUUGACACUGGUGGUUCCAUAGAGGACAUUGAUUUGCUGCCAGUCC